AUGGCAUUACUGUAUGAGACGGUGCCGACGUUCGAGGAUACCUGGAUUGAGUGCUUAGGAGAUCUGGGACGCUACCGAAUGGCCAUCGAAGAUGAUAACCUCAAAGACCGUGAGGUGUGGACCUCCGUCUCGCGCCACUGGUAUUCUAAGGCUAGCGAUAAAGCCCCAACAACAGGACGUCUAUACCACCACCUCGCCAUUCUAGCUCGCCCAAACGCUCUGCAGCAGCUCUUCUACUAUGCAAAGAGUCUAUGUGUUCCCAUCCCUUUUCUGAGUGCUCGGGAAAGCAUUAUGACACUCUUCGACCCGCACCUCAAUGGUAGUCCGACAAGAUUGCAAGAGAUUGAUGCUGCGUUUGUCCGUGCUCACGGGAUUCUCUUCUCUGGGAAGAGCGGCGAUCAGUUCGCAUCUUCAGUAAACGAGUUUAUUGGUAGUCUUGACGGCCACAUUGCUCGCAACACGAAACGAUGGACAGAGAACGGGUAUUAUAUCGCUGUUGCUCUAGGAUGCGCCUUACUUGAAUACGGCAGCGAGUCGAAUUCUAUCAUGAUGGCCAUCAAAACAAGUCGCACGGAGGAUACCGACGUACAGAUGGACGACUCCGAGACAUCCGUUACAAGCCAGAAGUUCCUUGACGCCCUGGACUUCGUUACCCGCACCCACAAUAUCGUCUUCCUCCGCUUUGGGGACCCAAACGUCAACCCCUAUCUUCAUGUCACGCUUUCCUUUUUAUACCACAUGUCUCAGUUUCCAACAGCAAUAGGUUAUCUUGAGGCCAAGAUGCCCUGGAAGCUCAUCUCCCUGAUGCUGAACACUCUCUUGAAAGAAUGUCCGUCAGUGGAUAGGAUCGAGUCAGAAGACUUCCCCCGACCCAACAAGGAGAUCCCCAGGCCUUUACCUGAAGACUUUGCACAACGGGGGCUGCUGUGGGUCGAUAAGUACUAUCCCGACGACUGGUUCUCAUCGAAGGUUGAUGAUGACGAGAAGUACUUUGAAGUGGCUUCAAUGACCGAAGAGCGUCAGGACAGGUGUCUUUGGCUUGGUUGCCGCCUCGCGUCGUCGGGCAAUUGGCUAACUUACGAUAAGUCUACAAGACAAUUUGGCGUGCCUCCGCAAUAUGACGUAGAAGUCCCUGGUGUCGGCGAUGGUUCUGCAGCGCAGCCACAGGGAGCCAACGAUGACGAUGUGAUCAUUCCUGAUAUUCAAGCCGAAGGUCCCUGA